AUGGCGAUCGCAAUCGGAUCAUUGCAUCGCUCUUUUAUGUUCGAUCAGCAUGUAUCCAGCCCGCCUUGGGAUAACACUCGAUUCACCUUGUUUCAAUACAACAAAGCUAUCAAGCAGUUGGUAAAUAUUCAGCCUCAUACCUCGCCUCAAACAAACGACACGUUUUUGAUAGCCUGCAUUUUGUUUUUCUGCUUCGACUGUCUUCAGGAACACUACAGGUCGGCUUUUCAGCAUGCAAUUGCUGGACUCAAGAUUAUUAAGCAACAGCAAAUGAUAUCGGAUCCCUCAUCACAUAUGUAUAUGCCACCCGAAACAAUAGCCAUUCUGUUUACUAUAAUCGACAAUCAAUUGCUUGAGAUACAAGGAGAGAGGUCGCUAGCAGUGGAACUACGGCCAUGUAUGUUAUCAUCUCAUAAUUUGAACUAUGGCAUACCUCAACGAGCCUCCAGCCUUGAUGAGCUUAUCACAUCACUCCAGUUGGCCUACAACCGGUUCACACGUUUCGAAGCUUUCUGUGAAAGCUUAGAAGAGCUGUCAAAAAGUACUAGUACAUCGUCCGAUGAGUUAGCACACGAUUGGUAUUCAGAGAAAGAACGUACCCAGAUAUCCGAAUCCCUAAAUUUGUGGAUGGCGGCUUUUGACGAUUGGUUACGAAGACAAUCGCCCUUCGAGCUCCCGGACCAAGAGAGAGACACCAAGAUCAUGAUACUUAAGAUUUGGAGAACUUUGGUCAAUUUUUUAGUUCAGAUCGACUGGCCAUUCACAGAGCUCGCCUGGGAUGCCCAUACGGCCCAUUUCGAAACAAUGGUGACCCUCGCCGAGAAAAUGCUUGAUAUCCCAUCAACAUUCUUCCCUCCCUCCUCUUCAGUGACGAUCGAUACAUGCCAAAGCCAACGCACCGCAUCAUUACCAUCGGCCGUCAAUAACCACCGUUCAGCCUCCCUCCCACCUCUUCGCCCCAAACCCAUCAAACCAGUCUCUUCUAUAUUUUCUCUCUCCUUGGGCAUUGUCACUCCACUUUAUAUGUGUGUGACACGGUGUCGAGACUCCGGUAUACGCUACCGCGCCCUAAAUAUGUUGAUAUUCUGCCAACGUCGCGAGGGACUGUGGGAUUCCGAGUUGGCAGGCCGAAUGGCAAAGCACACUAUAGCUAUUGAAGAAUUUUCGGCCAAAAUAGAGCCUGGGACUGUCUACGUGCCCGCGGAUAUUGGCAUGGCGGCCCGCGUUCAGACUUUAAACCCGGAGUUUGAAAACGACCGGGGGAUAAAGGUAAGCUACAACCAGGAGGUGCAGGGUGAAACUACCCAUGUCGAAGAUCUGUUUUCGUGGUAA